GAGGACAUGGGUUUGAGUCCCGUUCAAGCCUGGAUUUUUCUUUCAGGCUUUAAUUUCACAGCUGCUUAAUACGCAACAUUAAAAGAACCAGUCAUAUUUGCGGAUUUCCAACCAAACAAGCUGAGUCCGUUAUUAUACGGUCAGUGAGUGCGGUCAGUUUCGUUGAUAACGAAGUUUUCAGUCGAGUGUCGUUAAACCAAAACCAAAUCAAUCAGUCUAGUCAAUCACAAACUGAACACAAAUAAUCCAGUGAGCCAGUCAGCACUCUUAGCAAAUGCCGAAGUGACGCAAAGUGCGGGGAAACGUGUGCGGUUUUACGUCUGAUUGGAUCAGUAACAAAGUGCUGUAAAUUUCCUUUCAAACGCUUAGCAUGGUAAAAUGCAGAAACGAAGCAAAUACGAAUUAUUUUCCACACUCAAUUGAAAACUCGCUCUUCUUUAAUGACACAAAGCAAUACUUACUUUGUAUAUAUAUAUUUUUUUUCUUUGCAGUGUUCCAAGAGACCAUGAUUGACUUGGUUUUUAUGAUUGAUGGAUCUUCUAGCCUUCAACAAGUCAUGAAAAUAGUAAACGUUGUCAAGUUUAUACUGAGCUACCUUCCUGACCUAAACACGAAUAUCGGAGUGGUUUUGUACACAUCAGAAGCAACGACAAUAAGUUACUUUAAUUACACGCGGAAUCAAACACUCGACGCUUUGCAUAAUGUCACCUCUCUUACGGUCGGGAAAUUGAUCGGAAAAUCGCUGAACUACACCAGGCAACAUUUGUUCACGAACAGCCGCCCAAACGUCCACCGUGUUCUUGUUCUUUUCACUCACAGCACGUCUAACGACGCCGUCACGGUUGCAUCGCAACAGCUUCAUAAUAUGAACGUCACCAUUAUAGUGGUUGCCUUGGGAGACUGGUACGACAUCGGACAGGUCGAAAGUGUUGCCAGUUAUCCCCACUCAAACACGAUACUGCUGACCACGUAUGUUCAAGUUGUGCAGAUCAGUUGGAAGGUCCAUGAAAUGAUAUGUGAAGCUGUCGACCAUUGCCACAGUAAUCCUUGUGAAAACAACGGAACGUGUCACAAUUCUUUACAUGGCUACCAGUGCUCGUGCCCUGAUGGUUUUAAUGGAACUGAUUGUGAAGAAGGUAUAUUAACCGUUUCUAGUUGAAUAUCGAAGAACACAGUGAGGCAAAUUUA